CAUCAUUAGAUCGGUUUACUUUCAAAAUAUAUUAUUAUUAUACGUUUUUACGACCGAACCAUGUUUUUAAUAUCGUGGAUUUUAUCUGCGUUUUUUAUCGCAAUAGUAUUCAGCGCUCGUAUAAGCGAAAACAAAACGAGUAAAUUUUCUCAAAAUAUAUGGGCUGUUCUCGUAGCUGGCUCACACAAGUGGAUGCGGUACAGACAUCAGUCCAAUGUAUGUCAUGCUUACAAAAUACUGAGAGAAAAUGGCAUUCCAAAAGAAUGUAUUAUUACAUUUAUGUACGAUGAUAUUGCAUACAAUUCAGAAAAUCCCGAACCUGGUGUGAUUAGAAACGAGCCAAAUGGUACAAAUGUAUAUGAAGGUGUACCAAUUGAUUACUCUGGUGAAAAUGUCAGAAAAGAUGUAUUUUUAGACGUCAUUCAAGGAUACAAGAUGAAGGUAAAAGGAAUCGGAAGUGAACGAGUGGUAUUUAGUACGAAUAAAGAUAAUAUUUUAAUUUUCCACACGGGUCUUGGAGGCCAUGGUGGAAUGAUUGAAUUCCCGGAUUCCGGCGAAGACACCUUUUUGCACGGAUACCAACUUGUAACAACUUUUAAACAAAUGCACAGUCGUAAUAGCUAUAAAAAUAUAUUGAUGUACUUAGAAUCGAGUCAUUCUGGUGCCAUGUUUGGAAACGGUACGCUUCCUCAUAAUAUAAACGUCUUGGCGAUUACCGCCGGUGGAUCAGACGAAGACACAUACGGAACGUAUUGUGAUAUGACCAUAGAACCGUGUCUCGCCGGUCUAUUUUCAUUCGCUUGGAUGAAUUAUGCCGAAAACAAUCCUGACGGAUUGAGGAAGAGUCAAAGCGUAUUCGACCAUUUCGACUACGUCCGAGACGCUGUGUCCAACACGGCUAAAGAACACCCUCAACUCUACGGUGACUGGAACAUCGGAAGGUUACCGAUUAGUCAAUUCAUUGGUUACCAGCAUCGCGACACGCCGAGUUCAAAAACGAUGAAAACAAAACUCAUCAGUGACGCUUCCACGGACCACUUGACUUUCGACAAAGACGCGAUAAUUGCAGCAGAUGAAGCCCAUGUUGAGUAAAAUGUAAAUCAACGUUUGACGUAAUAGCUGAUUUAUGUAUUUUACGUAUGCUGUGAGAACAGUUAUGGUCAAUAACUUAUAAUAUUUAUAAAUAUAAGACUAUGGUUUUGAAAUAUAAUUUAAUAUUAUAUUAUAGGUAUACGAUAAUAUAUAAUAUAUAAUAUAAAACAAUAUUUUGAUUGAAUACAUUAAAUACAUUAGAAUUGA